AGGACCUCCACGUCACACAGACUGCCCCUUUUGUCCCGGAGAGUUAAACUCCCAGCCUUCUCUCCAUUUCCUACCCAGUCUCAGUUUCUCACGAUGUCGUCCUCGGCUGGGGAAGCGGCCAGCAUCCAGAAGGGUGACCUGGUGACGGACUGCCAUCAUCCACUGGAGGUGGAAGCCGCCGAUCAGAAUGGCGGGGAGGCCGGUACCAGAUUUGACCACACUGACAUGGCGCGCAUGGGCAAGGCGCAGGAGUUUAAGAGAAAUCUCCGACCUUUGGCCGCUCUGAGCUUCGCUUCCGUCUUACAGGCCACCUGGGAGUUUAUCUUGAUAUCCAACUAUGAAGGUCUCGAAGAUGGUGGAAUGGCUGGCUUGGUGUGGACAUACGUGUGGACCUUUGUCGGAUUCGGCUUCAUUAUUGUCUCCUUAUCAGAGAUGGCGUCCAUGGCCCCGACCUCUGGUGGACAGUACCACUGGGUCUCGGAGUUUGCCUCUCCACGAUACCAGAAGUUCCUGAGCUAUAUCACUGGAUGGAUGUCUGUCUUGGCCUGGCAAGCCGGCGCUGCAUCAGGGUCCUUCCUGACCGGAACAAUCAUCCAAGGACUGAUCAGCGUGCGAAACCCCAGCUACGAUCCCAAGCGAUGGCAGGGGACACUUUUCGUCUUUGCGAUGAUCCUCGUAAUCUACUUCUUCAACGUUUACGCGGCCAGUUGGAUGCCACGGAUACAGAACAUUCUGUUAGCCCUCCAUACCAUCUGCUGGGUGGUCGUCGUCGUCGUUCUCUGGGCCAUGGCUCCCCGCCAGUCAGCCAAGGCCGUUUUCACAGAAUUCAGCACAUACGGGGGAUGGAAUAAUGUCGGGGUGGCGUUAAUGAUUGGCCAGAUUUCCGCGAUCUACGGGUCACUUAGUUCUGACGCCACUGCCCACAUGUCAGAAGAGGUUCGAGACGCCGGUCGGUAUGUGCCGAUGGCCAUCUGCGGAGGCUAUUUCAGCAACGGAAUCCUAGCAUUAGUGCUCAUCAUCACGCUCAUGUUCGCGAUGCCCUCGGUAAAGGACGCCUUGGAUGACCCAACCGGGUUCCCCUUCAUCUAUGUCUUCAAGCAGGCUGUCUCUACAGCUGGUGUGAAUGGGCUCACCGCGAUCAUUCUCAUUCCAGUCAUCUUCAGCAAUAUCCUCUUCAACGCGUCAACAGCUCGCCAGACCUACGCUUUUGCCAGAGACAGGGGUCUUCCCUUCUCCAAUUGGAUCUCCAAAGUCAACCAAAGGUACAAGCUUCCCGUCAACGCCAUUGCUCUGUCUUGCAUCAUCAGCGGCAUCCUGUCCCUGAUCAAUAUAGGGUCAGACACCGCUUUCAACGCAAUCAUCUCGCUGAACGUAGCAGCCCUGAUGUGGACCUAUGCCAUUUCCAUCAGCUGCGUGAUGUACCGCAAAAUCUACUGCCCGGAGACACUGCCCCCAAGACGCUGGACCCUCGGCAAACACGGGAUCUGGAUUAACGCCGUGGCGCUGAUAUAUGUAAUCUUUGCCCUAUUCUGGUCCUUCUGGCCGACGGAAAUCCCCGUGACUCUGAAAAACUUCAACUGGAGCGUAGUCCUCUUCGUGGGUGUGUUUUUCAUCAGUCUGGUGAUGUAUCUUGUCCAGGGCCGAAAGCUGUAUAAGGGGCCAGUUGUGGAUGUCAAAAGAACCUGAGGUAGAGUUCCGAAGCGGUCCAAUGGCAAUUGCUUGCUAGCUUUAGCCUCUUAAGAAACAAGCACCAGUUAAGUCGGAUCGGAUCCCUCUGCACCGCAUUCACAGGAUAUCCGUUUCCAGGCCAGCUGCUGUUGCCCCACAACCG